ACAACAACAACAGCAACAACAAAGUGAUAAACUGGAAAAACAACAACAACGACGGGAAGAUCCGGGAAGGCUUGGAGGCAUCAGUACGGCUAUUGGAAUGCUUGAAUCGUGGGCAAAAUAUCAAGUUUAUCAAUGUCAGCAACUGUAUUUGGAAAAAUUCUCAUCACCUAGUCAACGCACUUUGAGUGGAUUGAUUGGAUUGAAUGUGUUGGUAUUUGUAGGAUGGCGACUACUACCUCUGAAAUGUCAACCUUUUAUGACUCGUUGGUUUACUAAUCAUCCUGUAUGGUGUGUGGGUCCUCGCAACUUGACUCUCAUUGCUUCCAACUUUUCUCAUCAACAUCUAUUGCCUCUGACAGUCAACAUGAUAGCUCUCUGGUAUUUUGGUACAGCUUUACAUGAUAUUCUCGGUAGACAACAAUUCUUGGCAUUUUACUUCUCUUCUGCCGUGACCAGCGCAACUAUAUCUCGCAUCUUGGGCUUACUUACGCGUCGAUAUCGUCCCAUCCUUCUUCUUCCUUCUUCUACAAGUUUAGGGGCAAGUGGUACUGUCUAUAGUUGCCUUGCUGCUGUCACUGCCCUUCAUCCACAUUAUACCAUUGAUUUGAUUCCACGGCUACCGAUUGAAUAUAGUACUAUUUUACCAGGAUUACUUACUGUUGACAUAACUGGGAUUUUAUUUCAAUGGCGACUGUUUGAUCAUUACGCACAUCUUGGAGGGGCAGGAUUUGGAUUAUGGUAUAUGACAUAUGGACAAGAAAAGAUGUGGAUUCCUCUUGUAAGAAAGAUACGUGAUAUUCGUGAUAGAAAUGAACGCAAUGGCAGGAAUGGAUCAGGACCACCAACAUCGACCAUUGAUAUACAGGCACCUCGUUUACCAUGGAUUCGUCGUGUGAACAAAGAAUGAAUCUUUCUUCUUAUCUUGGUCUUAUCUUGUAUUUUGAUUUUCCCUUUUUUUUUUAUCAUUGUUGUUAUCUCUACUCAUAUUCCCUUUACACACUUAUCUUGAUUUAUAUACCUCAUAUUAUUAGAUAUUGACAUCUCGUCUAUUUACCCAUUUAUUCC